ACUAAACAUUGUGCUGGUGGUGUUUGUGGUGCGCAUGACAUUGAUUACAGAAUAAUUUAAUUUAUACUGUAUUACUUUCUGAUGUUAAAUCAUACAAUUAAUUUUUAUUUAUAUUUGCUAAAUGCCAGAAUAAUGAAAGAGAUACUUUGCUUUUAUCACUUCAGUCAAAAUGAGAACACAUACCACUGUUACGAUGUGUUUAAACAAUAGCGGAAAGUCCAGAUGGAAAGUCCACAUGAUGAUGUCAUGACUGUGUGAGCAUGUGACAAAGGUCAAAGGUGGAUGUAUUUUAAAUACUCUGCUUCGUAGUGAGUGACAUCAGGAGAAAAUCAGGACAUCAGGAAGGAAAUGUUUGAUUUUCAUAACUCUGAUUCAUGUUUGGGUGUGAUUUCCAGUUACCUGACGGUACCACCUUCAUCUGUUCAAACUGUAAACACCACAAAAAUGUUCAGCCAGGAGGAAGGAAACAGGUUCUGUAGGAGAGUGUGUCAGUAUCCAGAAGCCUGCACCAAUCAUGCGAGCAAGGAUGAAACCAUUAACUAUGAAGUAACCAAUCAUUAUUAUUAAUUAGCCAAAUUAAAACAGGUUGGAUUUCUGAUAAAAUAAUCAGUGUAAAAAUACUACAACCUGUUAUAAUGAAGUUAGAGACUAGAGAGCCACAUGAACAGCUGUGGGCUGGAUUUGACCUUGUGUUUGAUCUUUGGCUAAAUAAAAACUUCUCUCACAACCUUUGCACUAUUCAUUUUAAAAUCAUAACUUUAUCUCCUUCCUACAUUGCUCAAACCAAAAUCUACUCUCCACUGUAAUUUUGCCUGCAGAUGAAGGAUCUGCUGCUAAGACUGAUCUGUUAUUAUGUUGUAUUGAUGCUAAAAGGUUCAAUAAACAUGUUUGCGAUGCAGCAGAGUAUUUUUAAGGUCAUGCCUAAAGCACAAAAGUCAUCUAUUGUACUUACUGUCUUACUGUAAGAAGUAUUCGGCUUUCUGUCAUAAUCCCAUUCGGGUUGGGCGCCUUUGGAUCCAUGCCACUCCCUAAGAUUUUUUUAGUUAAUGCAUUAAAUUAAAUAAUUAUGUAAUGAUUACAAUACACCCCUGUUUUUUAACAAAUAAUCCCUACAAGGCAAUCAUUCUCACUGAAAUUCACCUACAAUAGGUCAAAUUGUUUCCUUUGAUCAGUUUUAUCUGCUGUAAAAUAAUGGGGAGAUUUUUAAGUAUUAACGAUGUUUUGUUCCCUUUUUCAGACAUUUUGCAAUCAUGAGAAUCCAUUCAGUUAAUGGAAAUGGAUACAAUUGUUUUACUGUGAGAUCCAUGACAUGCAAGGGUCAAGUUAUUAUGGUAGCAAUUAAUCCAUGUCGUUAAAAUUAAGUGCUGCUUUUACUUUGAUGCAACUGCUGCUAAUAUUAGAUCAGACUGUUUGCAAACGAGUUAGCAGUUGCUUCCUUCCCCUUAAUUUUAUUUUCUCUUCUUCUGGUUUCUUUCUUUUGUUUCUUGGUACCUCCAGUUCUUUUCCUGCCUCCUGCGCCUGCGGCUGUCAGAUCGAAUCGCUGUUGAAUCAGCCGAGUCCUGGUGUGCACUAAACCAAUCUGCACUGUUUUAUGAGGCUGACAGGGGCUUCUGAGAACAACCGUCAUGAUAAGUCGUUUCUCACAUUUCUGCUGGAGAUCCCAAUCAAGCUGCAUCCCAGUGAGCUAACAACCAGAUCGUCUGUUUUAAGUGUUUUGGGGGAAAUUCACUUUACAUUCCCAGCACUUGUUUAAUCUUUUUUCAUCAUUUAGUUACACCUCUUGAGAGACUUAAAAGAAAAUCAGCUUUAGCACAAAUGAUGCAAACUCCAGUCUCCAUGGUGAUGGGGAUUGUCUUCGCUCCUCUGGGACUUGUCCUUGUCUUCACUGCCGCCAUCACCCCUCAGUGGCGGGAGGGACAGGCUCGCCUGAACAUCGGGGGGUCGGGAUCUCUCCUUCGGUCCGGAGCAAAGGGUCACGGUGUGGGUGUCAGGUCCGGCUCGGUGGAGGCCCUGCUCCUGUUGCGCUCCGACGGCCUGUGGGAGAGCUGCUUACAGGUGGAGCAGUCCGAGCUGAAACAGUGCUGGCCCAUAGCCGGCCCGUACCAGAGAGACGCCAGGGUUCGGAUGGUGCAAGGCCUGGUGCUUACGUCCUUGUUCCUGUGCGGCAUCGGAAUUGUCCUGGCUUGCAUCGGGGUCCGAUGCUGGACAGAUCUGCCUCUGAGGAGGGUGGCGGCUUCAGGCGGACUCCUGGUGGUGGCCGCCGGCCUUCUGAGCCUGACCGGGUUGGGGGUUUACACCCACAACCUCAGGAGACUGGGGGUGGAUCCCAGUCAAGGACUCAACAACCCCAAGUUCCCCCAGCUCAGCCUGAGUCCAGCCGGGUCGCUCUACUUCGGGUGGCUGGGUUCUUGUUUACAGGUGCUGGGAGGCGGCGCGUUGUUGUUCAGCUUCAAGCGACCGAGAUGUCCGACUUGCCCGUCCCGCCAGGAGCAAGCCGUCUGUCCUGCGUGCCACUCGUGUCCUGAAAUGACCAGUAAGACCGACGUGGACGUAUAUGAGGUCAGCUGUUAGAAUGUGAGCACAAAAAAAAACAACAAGUUUUUCUUCGAUAAUCGUCAGAAUUAAAUCGAACCAAGUUUGUGCGAUUAAUCAAAAAAAAAAAAAAAAAA